GCGGCGGAGUCAAGAAGGGGAGGAGAAUGCAUGUUUGCUGGGGAAGGACAGCCAUCCAAAGGGAGGGAAUGAGCAAUUGUUCAUUGCGGGCGGAUGCAUGAAUUAGAGGACACGACUCCGAGGCAGUCUCCUUUCUGAAAUAUGUUUUUAAAAGAGACACGCAGUGCAUGGGAAAGUGAAAACCGAGUGUCUCAGCAACCGUUGCCUUUGGUGCAAAUGCCUGGAGAAUCCCCUUUGGCCUUGGAAUGCGAACUUUGAAUUGUUAAGAGAUUAAAUCCAGGGGAACAAAGCAGGAGGGAGAGUCAUCCAGGAGAUUUGGACGUGAGCUUCCUUUCCUUCUUCUUUCGUCUCCAUCUGAAAGUCUCUUGGAAGACGUCCAUCGGUCAUCAUGAAGACAUUUUGGACAAUCCUAUGUUUUAUGUUAUUUGUGAACACUGACAUGGGUGGACCCUCUGUCCUGGCCCAGGCCGGCUCCCAUCACCCAGACAAUGUGCAAGGUAGUCCGCCAGACUCCAUGAAAGACGGGAUGCCUCCAGAGGUGUUGCAGGAGCUGCUGUGGUUUUUCCGGAGGGAAGACCCAUCUGCUUGGAACUACAGCAUCCUAGGGCUUUCAGCUCUGGUUCUGGUGAUCGGCAUGGGUCUCCUGGUAGCAAAUAUCAAGGCAAACAGGGCCCGGAAGGUCCUCUUCCCGGAUAAAGGAUACGGAGCCACAGAGCCCGCGGAGACAGAAAUGAAGCAAGCCUUUGUGCUUUUGAAGGAUGAUAGCAACCCAGAAGCCCUGGCAGACAGUUUGCUUCCCCAAACGCAGAACGCUGGAGAGGUGUCGAUCCACUGGAAGGACGGAAAUGUCACAGCUUUGUACGAAGAGAAGCCCGAAGUGGAUAUCUAGCGGCGUAUUUCAGUGGAAGCCAGGCUGGAUGACAGGACUGCCUUCAAUCUUGGACAUCAGUCGACAAAGCAAAGUUUGCACAACACUGUGUUACCUUCCAUUAAACAACACUAUGGAUAGUGAAUCUGAGCCGGAGAGACCCAGGUGCCCAAAAAGAAGGAUCAAAUAGGCUAGCCGUUCAAUAACAAAGCAUAGCUAGAGAUAAUUUUGCUUUAUUUUAUAGCCACAGUUUUCCAUCGGAAACUUGGAGAGAUUUCUCCAGGAAAGAACCCUCUCUUCCUCCCAUAGGAUUCCCUUGAAAAAGGGGUUAAGUGUUAUGGGAAGCCAAGGAUUUUGGAUUUUGGGUUAGGUAAGUACCGGUAAUCUUAGCAUUGCACCGCCCAUCAUUGGGUGCGUCUACACUGUAGAAUGAAUGCAGUUUGACACCACUUUAACUGCCAUGGCUCAAUGCAUCCUGGGAGUUAUAUUUUUAGAAGCCCUUGAGCCUUUUCUACCAAAGAGUACAAGUGUUUAAUUAACCUAUAGUUUCUAGGGUUCAAUAAUAUGGCUGUAAAAAUGGUGUCAAACUGCAUUGAUUCUUUGGUGUAGAUGCACCCACUGAUGUCUGGAUUGGCAUAUAGGCUGCCCAAUAUAUCUUUACUUUUAGUUUCCCCCAUUGAAUUGGGUGACAUUAUUCCAACAGGACCCAGUUCUUGUAAGAAUCUGUUAAAUUGGAAAUUCUGGUCUGUACGAAUGGGUUGUGAACUCAGACUCUGGAAUGGUAAACCUAAAUUCAUCGUCAUAAAAAUACCAUGGCUAUGAGGGAUUACAUGCAGGAUGUACUUUAGUUCAGGAUCUUCCAGCUGAAUAAAUACAAGCCUUUGAGGCCAAGAUGGAAAGUUGCUCUCACGCCAAUCAGAGAAGAUCUCACAGCAGCUGGCUCUCCCAAAGUGUCCUUUAUUAAACUAUUUUCCACAACAAUCGA